UGUUGCUGUCUGUGUGUCUACACGUCAUCGCAGCGUCAUUUCAUAACGUUUAUGAAGGGCACUCCUUUAUGGACCCGGAGGAUGUGCUGAGUGUGAGCAUAACUCUGGAGGAGCCCCAACGUCCUCUACUGGGAGGAACAUUAACACUACCAUGUUACUUUGAGGACCACACUGUCCCAGAUCCAGGAGCUCCCACCAUCACUCCACUUUCUCAUCGUAUCAAAUGGAGCCUCAUCACCAAAGAAAAAGUCACGACUAUCCUAGUGGCUUUGGAAGGACAGGUGCGCAUAAGCGAGAGCUACCUGGACCGGGCUCAUCUGGUGGGCUACCCAAUGACUCCUACAGAUGCUAGCAUCAAGAUAUCAGAGCUGCGGUCCAGUGACACGGGAGUCUACCGCUGUGAGGUUCAGCACGGCAUUGAAGACAGCAACGACAAUGUCCAUGUGCAGGUUCAAGGUAUGGUGUUCCACUACCGGCCCAUCAUGGGGCGCUACAGUCUGACUUUUGAAAAGGCAAAGGACGCAUGCACUCAGAACAGUGCGGUCAUGGCUUCACCUGAACAGCUUCAAGCAGCCUUCGAUGAUGGAUUCCACCAGUGUGACGCUGGCUGGCUCUCUGACCAAACAGUCAGGUACCCAAUCCAUGAUCCUCGUGUGAACUGCUAUGGUGACAAAGAGGAACUGCCUGGGGUCAGGACAUAUGGAGUGAGAGACCUCAAUGAGACUUAUGAUGUGUACUGCUUCACUAACAAGAUGACAGGCAGAGUUUUCUACACUGCUUCUGCCGAAAAGUUCACCUUUUCUGAGGCAGUUGUGGCAUGCGCUAAUCAGGGAGCUCAGCUGGCCACCACUGGUCAGCUCUACCUGGCCUGGCAGGGUGGGAUGGAUGUCUGUAACGCCGGCUGGCUGGGAGACAGGAGCGUCCGCUACCCCAUCAACGUUCGUCGGCCACAGUGUGGAGGGGGUCUACUGGGAGUGCGAACUGUUUACCUCCACACAAACCAGACAGGAUACCCACUUCCUGAGUCCCGCUAUGACGCCUUCUGCUACACAGAGUCCCCUGAUGAGGAAGGUUCAGGCAUCACAGAAGAGGGAAGUGGCGUGCUGAGUGUUACCACAGUGACACAGAGCCCAGAGGUGUUCUUCAGGAGGACGACCACAGAGAGCGAGGUGGUCGGAGAGGUGGAGACUCAGCGGCCUACUGCCGUGGACUUCACAUACACAGAGAGCCUUACCGAACUGCCGCUGCCUCAGCCUCCAAAUGUCACUGACUUUGUCAUUGACCUCAUAGAGCAAGCCACCGCCCGGCCUGACACAGGCAGGGAGCGCAGCAAAGGCUUUGUGAUGCCUCAAAAUGGUGUGGUCUUUCAUUAUCGCUCAGGCUCCGGUCGCUAUCCCUUCACCUUCAUUGAGGCCCAGCGGGCCUGCCAGAGUGUCGGAGCCACCAUCGCCACGUCACAGCAGCUGCAGGCAGCAUAUGAGGCUGGAUAUCACCAGUGCGAUGCAGGAUGGUUACUGGAUCAGACUGUAAGAUAUCCUAUUGUUUUCCCUCGAGAUAAGUGUGCUGGAGAUCUCGGGGAUCAACCUGGAGUUCGGUCCUAUGGUUUGAGGCCAGCAGAUGAGAGAUAUGAUGUGUACUGCUACAUCGACGGGCUCAAAGGUGAGGUUUUCCAUGUGGGCUCCCCCGAAGGUUUCACGUAUGAUGAGGCUGCUUCUAGCUGUCAGGAACAGAAAGCCGUAUUGGCCUCCACCGGAGAGCUCUACGCAGCCUGGAAAAUGGGUUUCGACAAGUGCCGUGCUGGCUGGCUAGUGGAUCGUAGUGUCCGUUAUCCCAUCAACAACCCCCGUGCUGAGUGUGGAGCUGGGAAAUCAGGAGUGCACACUGUGUAUCCCCACCCGAACCAGACAGUCUUCCUUGAAGUUAAUGCCAGAUUUGAUGCAUACUGUUUCAGAGCGGAUAUUCUACUUAUUGCAAAUGAAACUGGACUGAACGUCACAGAUAUCCAGGAGGCCCUCCUUAACCUAACUUCAGUUACUGAUUUGUUGAGGCCUGUUGUUCCACUCAUUGUCCCUCCCAUCCCUGUGGAGACUUCAGGCUCUGGUUCUGGCUCAGCAGACACUGGCUCAGCAGACAUUGGCUCAGGGUCUAUGGGGACUCACUCUGGAGACUUGUCUGGCUCUGGAGACCUCUCUGGUUCUGGAGAUCUGUCUGGUUCUGGAGAAAGGGUUAUCUCUGGCGACAUGUCUGCCUCUGGAGACUUGUCUGGUUCUGGAGACAGCGUGAUUGCUGAGCUGCCCAGUGGAGCAUCAGGUUUCAGCAGUAUAGAUGCUUCUGGAUCAGCUCUCAGCGGGGAAGGUUCCGGCUUCACUGUUAAUUGUUUAGGCGUCGACAGAAUUGUCUCUGGAGAGGGCUCAGUUUCAGGAGGACUCCAAGAAGCAGGAGAGGGAAGCACAGAGAUUCUUAUCUUACCUUCAUCUAAAGCAGGCUCUGGAGGGCUUAGUGGCAGUGGGGACCACUCAGGAUCUGGUUUCAGCUCUGCAGAGAGUGGCUCUUCCAUUGAUAGCUCUGGGGAAAGUGGACAGUUCUCUGGCCUGUCAUCCGGUUUCAUCACCAACCAGGACUUUUCUGGCUUCAGUGGUUUCCCCUCAGAUUUCUCCUCUGGAAGUGCUAGUGGACAGUCAGGAGAGCCUUCGGGAAGUGGAGAAGCUCCGAUCUUACUGAUAGAUGGUGAAUUGAUUGAUGUGUCCACCCCUAUUACCCACAAGGAGUAUGAGCUUGGUGGAGGUCUACUGGUGCGCAGUGGCUCUGGAGACAUUUCAGGAUCUGGGAUUCUCAGUGGCGAUCUAAGUGGCUCAGCCUCAGGCAGUGGCUCUGGGUUCUUUUCAGGUGUGACCUUUGUGGGGUCAGGCUUAACUGACCUUACAGUGUCAGCAUCUGGAGAGCAAGAGGCCUCUGGGUUUUUACUCUACAGCUCUGGACAAGGAAGUGGUGAACAUUCGUCUGGAUCUGGAAGCUCAAGUUUUCUCUCUGGAUCGGGAAUGUCUGGAUCAGAAACGUCUGGAUCAGGAAUGUCUGGAUCGGAGUCCUCAACAAGCGGAGAACAAGGUAGUGUCACAUUCUUGACUGGGGACUUAAUGACAGAGGUCACCAGAGACACAACACUGUCUAUGGAGCUUGGACAGGGAUUGGUGGAGUACAGUGGAGAAGGAAGCAGUAGCAGCAGUGGUUUCUACUCUGGUAGCGGAGACAGCAGCUUGUCCACAGCCAGCGGCAUUUCUUCAGGAGCUUCUUCUGGAGAUCUGCCUCAGGUGGUGCCUUCCAGUGAGUGGAAAGAGACAGAGAACACCACAGGACCAGAGGAGACCCUUACUGGGGAUGAACUGUCACAGAUCUCACACAUCUAUGGAACUCCCGGCCCUGUGUUUGCUCCCGCAGGACUGGCUGCUCCUCCCACUGCAGCUACACCACCCUCUGUGCAGACACCAGGCAUUGUUGAAGGUGCUUUUAACCCAUGUGAACCUAACCCCUGUGGUGCUGCUUCAUGCACAGUUGAGGACGGGGUUGCUCUGUGCCAUGAUGAGCAGCAGUGUGAAGACGGUUGGACUAAGUUUCAGGGGAACUGCUACCUGCACUUCUAUGACAGAGAGAUGUGGCUGGAUGCAGAGCAGCGCUGCCGGGACCUGAAUGCCCACCUAGUCAGCAUCAUUACCCCAGAGGAGCAACACUUUGUCUACUCAAACGCACAGGACUACCAGUGGAUCGGUCUGAAUGACAAGACAGUGGAAAAUGACUUCCGCUGGACAGAUGGCACGCCACUGCAAUAUGAGAACUGGAGGCCGGCCCAGCCAGAUAAUAAAAGCUCUGGAGAAGACUGUGUAGUGAUGAUCUGGCAUGAGAAUGGCCAGUGGAACGACGUGCCCUGCAACUACCACCUGCCAUUUACCUGCAAGAAAGGCCCAGUGUCUUGUGGCGCCCCGCCACAGGUGGAGAAUGCCCACAUGUUUGGUAACAGGAGGGAGGAGUACCCUGUCAACUCCAUCAUCCGGUAUCAGUGCAACCAGGGAUUUACACAACGCCACCCUCCGGUGGUUCGGUGUAAAGCAGAUGGACAGUGGGAGAAACCCCAAGUGGAAUGCACUGAUGUGAAAUCCAGAAAAAGAAUACAGCGGAGGAGCAGCGGGAGUCCGGCAGCCAGCAGCAAGCUUCACUAAACAGGAAAAACAGG